CUUUUUGGGGUCUACCUGAAUUCAUUCUUGGUUUAGAAACCUUUAUUAGACAAUGUAAAUUCCCUUUAUAAAUGGCGUUAAAUACAUCUAGAGAAUGUAAUUGAGCUAUGGAAGCGUUUUACUUUUUUAAAUCUUAUGCUGGUUUGUUAUAAAAACUGGCUUUCUAUAACGGAAGCCUGACUGAAUUUAGUUAAAACUGAAUUUUAUUUGUAAUUUUUAAAGUGAGAUUAUCGAGGACUGUUUAAUUCAUUUCAUGAAGCAAAAACACCAAUUUCCCUGGUAACGGCAUUGCAAAAGGAAGACUGCUGCUUAAUAUAAUAUGAAAAGAUUGUUUUUGUUCCAUUGUAAAUUUGAGAGCCUUUAGGUUUUGGUCUGCUCCUCCAACUAUUUGAAAGUGGACUUCAUGUCUUUGACUAAAUGAUUCAUCAAAACCUAGACAUGCAAAUUAAUACUAAAUUACAUAACGAUAAAUGCUAAUUAAUGUACGGAAUUGAAAGUAAUCUUUUAUGUAAUUGUUCAUAUUUGACAACUCACAAUAGUAGUCUAAUGAACAUCACAUUUAUUUGCGCCAACACCAAACUAUGAAGUUGAAAGCAACUUGCAUAAAGAUGUGGCUAAUUGAUGCGUCCAGAACAUGAAUGAACAAUAUGCUUGUAUGUUUUCAGAAAUUAAAUGUUCAAAACAAAACCUUUUUAUCUAUAGUUUCAUGGUGUGAGGGAGAAGGAGUAGUUGGGAUUUUAAAUAUAUAAUAUUAUUCAAAGCUGAGUUUUUGAGCAUGUCUUUAAACACGUGAUUGAAUGGGGAUCUGUAAUUAUAUUCCUGAAUGAAUGUUCAAAAGCUACUGAUGAGGUUCCUGGCUCUCUUCUCGUGUGACGUUUACGGAAACGCAGACGCUGCUCUCGCGAGUCUUUGGAACAGACGUGGGCUUUUGGAAAUCCAGGGUUGUGGCUGAGGGGGGUGACACAACAGGAAGUCCUUAAUAUGAGUGAUGACAGACCUUUCCAAUGCACUGCUCCUGGGUGUGGACAGAGAUUUACCAACGAGGAUCACUUGGCCGUCCACAAACACAAACAUGAGAUGACCCUGAAGUUUGGCCCAGCGAGGAAUGACAGUGCCAUCAUUGCUGACCAGACACCAACACCUACCCGCUUUUUGAAGAACUGUGAGGAGGUUGGACUCUUCAUUGAACUUGCAAGUCCGUUUGACCAUGACUUCAAAAAAACGAGCGAAGAUGACAUUAAAAAGUUACCGUUGGAUUUGUCACCUCUUGCAACGCCUAUCAUAUGCAGCAAAACUGAGGAGCCCAUAGCUAUGGAGGCCCAUCGAGAUAGCCCACUGCCUCACCCCGAAUCCACAACGAAUGAUGACAAGGGUUUAUCUUUGCAGCCAGCCUCACUGCCAACAUCCACUAUAGUCCAUCCUGCAUCCCUCCAAGUUCCCAAUGUCCUUCUAGCAACCUCAGAGGCUAAUGUUGUAAUACAGCAAGCUCUCCCAUCACCAACAUCUAGCUCUGUUAUUACCCAAGUCCCAUCCACUAAUAGGCCUAUAGUCCCGGUGCCUGGCACCUUCCCAGUGCUCUUACAGCUGCCUAACGGCCAGACCAUGCCGGUUGCUAUACCUGCGUCUAUUACAAGCUCAGGUCUACAUAUUCCAACUACAAUCCCUCUUGUCAGACCUGUCACCAUCGUGCCUAACGUCCCCGGGAUUCCAGGACCUCCCUCGCCACAGCCACAGCCCGCCCAAUCAGAAGCGAAGCUGCAGCUUCCUCAGGUAACCAAGGGAACGACUGGCGAAGUCCAGAGCAGCGCUGUAACCCACACUGCUGCUCCCACUUCUCCGCCCCCCGCCCCACCUCCAGCCCCCAUCGGGGCCCUCAGUCCGGCUCCAGCUACACACCUGCCCACGACUGAGGAACCUUCCCCCCCUUCCCUUCAGCAGCCAGCCACCUCCACCACAGAGACACCUGCUUCUCCAGCACCCACUGCACCAAACCCCCCAAGCACAGGGGGGCGGCGGCGCAGAACCACAAGCGAAAACCCGGACGAGAAGAGGCGCAAGUUUCUGGAGCGUAACAGGGCGGCGGCCUCUCGCUGUCGGCAGAAGAGGAAAGUGUGGGUCCAGUCUCUGGAGAGGAAGGCCGACGACAUCAACUCCAUGAACGGACAACUGCAGAAUGAAGUCUCCCUGCUGAGAACCGAAGUGGCUCAGCUGAAGCAGCUUCUUCUGGCUCAUAAAGAUUGCCCUGUAACCACCAUGCAGAAGAAAUCUGGCUAUCACAUCUCUGACAAGGAUGAGAGCUGCGAGGAGAUGUCCGUCCCCGGGAGCCCCCAGAACGAGGCCAUCCAGCACAGCUCCGUCAGCACCUCCAACGUGGUCAGCUCCUCCUCCACAACCUCAGCCGCCUCGUCCAGCGGCGCCACCACCACGUCCAACCAGAGCACAGAGGAGACCCAGUCUCAGCCUUCAGGGAGCUGAUCGUCCCAAACUGCCUGAGCGUCGACACGGGAGGGAAGGGACUUCCUCUCAUCCUUAGUUUGGACACUGCCGUUUUGAUUUUGUUCAUGUUCGGUCCAUUUUGUUCUUUGUUGGCAAUGCAAACUUUUUCUCUGGAAUUGAUGAAGACAAAAUAACAGGCACUUUAGGUGUAAGAUGUAAAACUUAUGGUUAAAAAAUAUUUUUGUGAUUUAUUUAUUUAUUAUUUAAAAGCAAUCAUGAAUUGAUAGACCUUACCAAAGUGUAUUGUUGUUCAUUUAUAACUAGUUUGCUUGUUUUCAUUACUUUUAAUUAGCACUAUCUUUACGAUGACGUGAAAAUAAAGAGUCACCUUUUUUUAAUAUAAUUUGCUUUUCACAUUUUGCACAUUUUGAGAGAUGAUGGGUUUACGAGUUUGACAGUUCACAUGUUGAGUACCGGCAGCUUUUUAGAAUUUGAAUACAAAAUGUAAACGGCGGAAUCAGAUUUUAAAUUCGCCAACUUUUCUGUGAGGGAGAUCGGCUACAGUCGCAUCGAGUAGUUUGAAUGUCUGAGCUCACCUCCGCUUGUAACACUCGUCUGAAGGACGUGAGCUUUUUAGAAACGUGUGUUAUUUCAUAAACAUUCCACCUGUCGUCCGAUUGUUCCUGAGCCAGUGAUUGUAGGACUGCAGUACCUUUUCAUUACUCAAUCUUGGGGACGUUGACUUCAUUCAGUGCCAUUCAUGUUUUUGUAUGAAUUACUUCUGUACAUUUUAUUAUGCAGAUUAGCUUGAGUUGACAGUUAUUCUCUGGGAUUAAAAGUCUCAUGAAACAUAGUUUCUCAGUAAUGAAAUAUGGUGUUGUAUACUGUCUUUGCUUUAUAAGUGAUUGUUUAAGACUUUAAUGCAGACAGACAUUGUGUUUUUUUCAUGAUCCUCGAUGACGUUUAGAAAAACAUUGUAAAUAACAUCGGCGCUGCAUUGUAUGUGAUCUUUCUAGGUGUUAUGUAGUUUCUUCUUUUUAUAGGAUAUUGUGGUGGAACUCUGUUAGCAGUUGAGCAAUGUUCCCGUCAUUAGGAUAGGCCUCUUCCUGACUCCAGAUCUUGUCAAGUGAAAUUAAAGCAUUCAGAUGUGAACAGGAAUCACAUCAUGUACACUAGAGUAAGAAUUGUGAGCAUUUCAUCAUUGAAAUAUUAGUAGGAAGAAAAUCAAACCAUGAAGUCAAUGAGCCUUUUCUCUUAUUCUGUCCUGGCUUACUACUGUGUAGUUUUAUGAGAAGCUAACACAUUGUUUUCUUUAAGUACGAUUUUUAUUUUGUACUUAUUGUUUAUUUAACUGUGAUGUGCUUAACUGCAUGAGGUAAGAAUUCUCUGCGAGAAUUUAACUGUUUCUUCGAUAAUGUCUCGGUAAGAUAAACCUCAUCAAACAUCUUGAGUUGUGGUUCUAAGUUUAUGAAAGCUUUGGUUCGUUUUUCCAUGGCUCACUGGUUAAAAAAGAAGUGUGGUACUGUGUUGAAAGUGUACCUAUAAUUUGUGAAAGUUAUGUAUUCAAAUUUUAUUUGAUACGUUGUUGUAAUAAAACUUUUAAUAUCUCUUUAA